ACAAACAAGUGAAAUUACAGGGACCAAAACAAAAAAUACUCAACUUCCUCUCAAACCCAAAAAACAGUCAUCCGCCAUUUUCACACAGGAACCGAGCUCGUACUCAACAGCUAUGAAAAACCCUCAUCAAUGGCGGUUCUAACCUCCGCUACUCAGAUCUCACUCCUUUUUAUCUAAAAAGUUCCGUUUCUAACAUGCGGUCAAAAGACAGAAUUUCAUACUUCUACGACGGGGAUGCUGGUAAUGUUUACUUUGGACCGAAUCAUCCAAUGAAGCCGCAUCGGUUAUGUAUGACUCAUCAUUUGGUGCUUUCCUAUGAUCUUCACAAGAAGAUGGAAAUUUAUAGGCCGCAUAAGGCGUAUCCGGUUGAGCUAGCGCAAUUUCACUCGGCUGAUUAUGUGGAGUUCUUGCAGCGGAUAAAUCCGGACACACAACAUUUGUUUCCAGAAGAAAUGGCAAAGUUUAAGCUUGGAGAAGAUUGCCCCGUCUUUGAUGAUAUGUUCGAAUUUUGCCAAAUAUACGCUGGAGGAACAAUCGAUGCUGCACGCAGAUUAAACAAUCAGCUUUGUGACAUUGCGAUAAAUUGGGCCGGGGGGCUACACCAUGCUAAAAAGUGCGAGGCAUCCGGAUUUUGUUAUAUCAACGAUUUGGUUUUGGGAAUUUUGGAGCUUCUUAAGUAUCAUGCACGAGUUCUGUAUAUUGAUAUAGACGUUCAUCAUGGUGAUGGUGUAGAAGAAGCCUUUUACUUCACUGACAGGGUGAUGACAGUUAGUUUUCACAAGUAUGGAAAUCUGUUCUUUCCUGGAUCAGGCGAUGUUAAGGAAAUUGGGGAACAAGAAGGUAAAUUCUACGCAAUUAAUAUCCCGUUAAAGGAUGGCAUAGAUGACACCAGCUUUACUCGUUUGUUUAAAACCAUAAUUUCGAAAGUUGUUGAAACUUAUCAACCGGGUGUGAUAGUUCUCCAGUGUGGAGCCGAUUCACUUGCUGGGGACCGCUUGGGCUGCUUCAAUCUCUCUAUAGAUGGACACGCUGAAUGUGUUAGGUUCGUUAAAAAAUUUGGCUUGCCCCUUUUGGUAACUGGAGGUGGAGGAUAUACGAAAGAAAAUGUUGCUCGGUGUUGGACUGUUGAAACGGGAGUUCUUUUAGACACCGAGCUUCCUAAUGAGAUCCCAGAUAAUGAAUAUAUCAAGUAUUUUGCUCCUGAGUGUUCAUUAAGGAUUCCAACUGCUCAUAUUGAAAAUUUCAAUAGCAAGUCCUAUCUAGGCACUAUAAAGAUGCAAGUUCUAGAAAAUCUUCGUUGCAUUCAACAUGCUCCAAGUGUACAGAUGCAAGAGGUUCCACCUGAUUUCUAUAUUCCUGAUUUUGAUGAAGACGAGAAGAACCCUGAUGAACGUAUAGAUCAACACACACAAGACAAACAUAUUCAACGUGACGAUGAGUACUAUGAAGGAGACAACGACAACGAUCAUCACAUGGAUGAUGUUUAGAAACUCGGAUUGACAUAUGCAUCUUGUUUUAAGAUACAGAUAUUAGAAAAUUAGGGUUCAUUUGAAGCGGUCGAAUUACAAAGAAGCAAACGCCACAAUCUGGGUCAUGAUUAGGAAGUCUACAACAAAUGUGGGUUUCAUGUCCAAGUAACUGUAAAGUGUCAAGGAUAUGGUUGAUAGAAGUGUUUUUUGUUCUUUUUGUUUUGUUAGAAAAUAUUAACUUAUGUAAAAGGGCUUUUAAUGUAUGUUUUAGAAUAUAGGGUAUGCUUUUUUGUGGUACCUCUCUAAUUCUAUCAAUCUAAUGGCAAUUCAGAUGAA